AUGGGGGAACUCACUGACUUGUGUGAGUUGUACCGCGCGUACUGCGUGGAGGAGGGGUGCCGCGUGAACUCGGCCGUCCUGCGGUACAUUGAGGACCGUGGGGCGCAUUACCCGCUGGAGAGGCUCGAGCUCAGCAGCAACUACCUCGGGGCCCGGGGCCUGCGCCCCAUCAUACGCCUCGUGGAGUACUCCCAGACCCUGACGUACCUCAGCAUGGAGGGCAACGGGGCCGACAACGAGACGGUGGAGAGGCUCUGUGGCGUCCUGGAAAAGCACCUGGGCCUGGAGUACUUGAGCCUUCGCGGGAACCCCAUCACGGUGACCGGGGGGAAGCGGGUGCUGGCGCUGGUGGAGCGCAACCCGCGCAUCAUCGGCGUUGACCUCACUGACACCGACGUUUUUGACGCCCUCAUCUACAAGAUCACAAAGGCCACGGAGGCCAACCAGCAGCGAGCUAUGAAAGAGACACCGCAGCUCAGGUUUACUGAGGCAGACGUGACGCAGAUGCCUCGCGGGCACAUCGAACACGCAGCGAAGCGGUCCUCAAAUGAGAAGUUGUCCUUAAUCACCCUGCCUGCUAUCGCAUGGGAGUCGGCUGGGAAGGAGGUGGCCGCAAAGGACAAAGGGCAGCUAACGCGCCUGCCAAACGGAGGACUGGCGCCCACAAAGUUGCAGCCGCGGCAGCCGAUCCCUGCACUUGCCUCAAAGGAAUUCGGGCGCCUGCCGGAGUUGCAGCGGCAGGAGUUGCAGCGACGUUACAAGGAGAAGGCGAUGCUGUUGCGCGAGAUCAACAGCAGUCAGGCAAGUAUGGCGGCGGACCGUGCACGGGAGGAGUUGAUGUUGUUGGAAAAAACUACGAGGAGCCCUGUUUGCCGCAGGACGUGGGAGUCAAGGACAACAACGGCAAAGACGGGGGCUUCCCUGACAUCGAUGACAACAACAACAACAACAGCAGUCACGAAGAACCAGCAGUCGUUUCAGCCUAGUCAAUCACAGCUGCCAGACUUACCCGAGACAUUGAGCCCGAUCACCAACACGGAUGCAGGACUUUUGCCGCUACAUCAACAACUACAACAAGGGGAAGAGGACCAUGAGGCGCUUACUCGGCAGGAGCAGCCAGAGGCCGAUGUGACAAAUUAUAACACCGUGGAUGAGGCAGUGAUGCAAAGGAGAAGCUGCGACAAUUAUGAGGUAGGUUCAGCGGCAGACGUCCAUGCUGAUGCAGAUGCUCGUGUUGUGGUGCCCGCUGAACCUAUGGGAGAUGCAGCGGCUGCAGUUAGACCCACAAAAGCGGAAUUUAGUGAGAAAAAAGAGCUUGACAAGAUUCCGCUAGAUAUGUUACGGGAGACACCUCAGUGGAUGAUGCUUGACAGCAGCGAGCAGUUUCAACAUCUUUUUGACAGUGGUUGCCGCGCCUACGUGAGACAUGACUUUGACGAUGCGUACACGGCGUGGAAUGAGGCGAUGGGUAUUGCGGUGAACAAGAAGAACCGGGAGUGGAUGGCGGUCCUCUCAAGUAACCUGAAGCGGCUGAGCUACGAGAUGCUGGUACGUGAGGGGGCGGAACAGCUUGAGCAGGACAACCUUGACGAGGCAUACGUUAUUUUUCAACGUGCCGAGGAGGUGGCGCGGGAGGCACGCAAUGCCAAGUGGGAGGCAGACAUGUGCAAGGCACGGAAGGACGUGCAACAUGCCGUCUUUCAGCGCUGCCAUGAGGCGGCGUUAAAGGUCUUCGAGCGGGCGCAGAAGCUGGUCAAGCAGAAAGUUACCGAAGACGACUACUUUGUUGUGCCCGGCACUGACGUGAUAAUGCAGCACACGGAGCAGUACGUGAAUGAGUGGCCUCGCAUGUUGCUCGUGAAGGAGGCGGUGGAGGUGUGGGUGGCGUCGCGUCGCGUAAUUGAGCGCAUUGGCGGCGCAGAUGGCCACGUACUGCAAGACGUUGUGGAUGAGGCCCUCCACACGGUCGCCUGCUUCCUCGCGGCGCGGUGCUUCGACACAGAGGACACGCAGUCGCUGAGUUGGAUGCGCACCUCGUCCUACAGCUAUCACGAGUGCAUCAUGCUGAGCGUGCUCUGGACGGACAUGGCCUCCUGCGACAACUUCGCCGAACGCCACAAACACUUUGCCGCCGUCGCCGCUGCGCAGAUCGGCAACUUUUACCUCGCCACAAACCAACUUGCGCACGCACAAACGCAGUUCGACAAGCUGGAGGCACUGGCGGGGGAGCUCAAUGAUCCGCUGCUGUGUGCAGCUGGACACACCUUCAGUGCCAUCCUCAACUGGCAACGCUCACGCUAUACUGCGGCGGAGGCGCUGUUGCGCUCCGCGGUGCUGGAAUGGGGUGCACUUCGCGACUCCUCCUCGUCGCUCUGCACCGAUGAGAACGGCGGCGAGGACAACGCGAAGGAGAAUGCCGAAACGAGUUGUGCCUCGUUGUUACUUGCCUCCGUGCCGGCGGAUUACGUCUCCAUCAUGGAGUCCGUCAGCUUCAAGUACCUCGUCUCCAGCAUUGCGAGCACGUACCGCUACAGUGAGGCACUGGAGGUGCUGGAGCGCAGCCUCGUGUGCAAGUACCGUGACCUCCUGUUUGACAAGAUGCGGGUGAACUUCGGCGCCCAGCCGACGCUGGAGCACAUCGUGGCGACCUCAUCGCAGAUUCGGUCGCCGUUCAUCUACCAAGUGACGACGCACCGCUACGAGUGGUUGACGGAGGAGCGGCGCUACGCGGUAAAUGAGAAGCUGCUUAUGUGGGUGGUGCCGCAGCGAAAUGGGAUGCGGUUUGUGGAAGUUGACGUCACAAAGGACUUUAAGGUGGGUUCUAUCAAUGAACUUAUUGAAACGCUGCGCCAGGGGCUCCUUCUCGACCCGCUUUCCUCAAGCAGCGUCACACAGGGCGAGAUCCUGUGCACGCUGCCGAAGCGAGCCUGGAUGGAGCCGUUACAGACGCUCUACGCCAUCUUUGUGGACCCCAUUGUUGAGUUCCUUCGUGCUCUUGAUCCGCUCUUUCUGAGCAAGAACGGCGUCAUCACGCUGAUUCCAACGGAGCAGCUGUGGCUGGUGCCAUUUAACGCCCUCAUUGCACGCAACGGUAAUUUUCUUGUGGAGGACUUUGCACUGCAAAUGGUCUUCUGCGCCACCCAGUGUGCCUUCUCUGCGCUGAGCGCUAAACGCGUUCUUCAGCGGGAUCUGCGGCGCAAUGUAGUCUUGGUGCAGCGGGAGACGGAUACGCUGCCGGUGAACCCGAUGUCGCAUGUUGCCUUCCCAUUCGACGUUCUGCGUUCUCAGAAGGAGGGGGAAUUGAUUUUGCGCACGCUCGCAGAGAACAAGCGCAGCGUGCGACGGAGCUCCCGCACGACGGACUCCGUCUGUGUGACCACAAGCUUCGAGACACUCGUGGAGGACCUGGACACAUUUAGGGAGCUCCUGCCGAAGAGUCGUAUGAUUUUCAUCACGACCUCCACGACGAGUGCCACACGCAACGAUGAUAAUAGUUCCGGUGCCAUCUGCAUGGCGAUGUCGCAGGAUGACGUUGACCUGCUGCGCUCCUCGGAAGUGGCACGAAUGCGACUGUUUGCGGAGCUGGUGGUGAUGAGUAACACAAACAUGUCCACCACACGUGUGGUGGGCACCCACGACGACGUGCAGGGGCUUGUUCGUGGUUUUUUGUCCAGUGGGGUGCCGUGCGUCAUCGUGGGGCAGUGGUGCACGCCUGACAUGAUCCCCUCCGAGCUCCUUUCAAAGUUUCUCCAGCUGCUUUCAGAGGCAAACGAGAUGCUACCACGCAGCACCGCCAACCAUGACACAGCAGCAACGAUCGGAACGACGGCCGAAGUCACGACAGCAGCGUCGUCUGUGGGGGUGAGGAUGUCUGUGGGGCCCGGCGACGAGGAUGACGAGUUUGGCGGCCAUGACGCGGUAAGCUUGCAUCAGCACAAGACGCUGCUGCUUGCAUGGGCCAUUCGGGCGCUGCUAGAGGAUAACUUCUUCCGCUACUCCCCUCGCACCUGGGCGGGGUACUGCUGCAUCGGCUACGGGUCGCACCAGUAG